AAAGCUCGGCGAGUGUGGAGUGGAGUGGAUCGUGUGCUGCCGAAAUUGGAUCCCGCCGAGCGAUAUUGAAAGAAGAAGCGCCCCUGCCCCCCCCAGCAAGUUAAGGGUUUACGUAAGCUUAAUUUAUUGAAGCACGACAUCAAUCAAAUGCGUCUUCUGGUGAAAUACGCGAACAGGCUGCUGUGCCAGACUGCAGCACCGGUUCCCCUCCGCCAGAAGGCUUCGGCAGCGGCAACCGGUUCCCUGAAACUGGCGACAAGUGCGCAAACUGAGCCGGAGAGAGUCAACAAACAGGACUCGCCGCUGACGGACACUUUUGGGCGACACCACACCUAUUUGCGGAUUUCGCUCACGGAACGCUGCAACCUGCGCUGUGACUACUGCAUGCCCGCGGAUGGAGUGCCCUUGCAGCCCAAGGCGAAUCUUCUGACCACCGAGGAAAUAAUCCGUCUGGCCCGCAUCUUUGUGAAGCAGGGGGUGCGGAAGAUACGGCUUACGGGCGGAGAACCCACUGUUCGGCGGGACAUUGUCGAUAUGGUGGCAGAGAUGAAGGCCUUGCCCCAGCUGGAGCAUGUGGGCAUCACCACAAACGGCCUGGUACUGACCCGUCUGCUGCUACCCCUGCAAAGGGCAGGGCUGGACUCGCUUAACAUCAGUUUGGACACACUGAAAAAGGACCGCUUCGAGAAGAUUACCCGACGGAAGGGCUGGGAACGUGUCAUUGCCGGCAUCGAUCUUGCCGUGCAACUGGGCUACCGCCCGAAGGUCAAUUGCGUGCUGAUGCGCAACUUCAACGAGGACGAAGUUUGCGACUUUGUGGAGUUCACCAGAGAUCGGCCCGUUGACGUCAGAUUCAUCGAGUACAUGCCCUUCUCCGGCAACAAAUGGCACACAGACAGGCUGAUCUCGUUCAAAGAGACGGUAGAGCUGAUUCGCCGUCAAUGGCCCGAGUUCGAGGCAUUGCCAAAUGGGCCAAACGACACAUCAAAGGCUUUUGCAGUGCCGGGGUUCAAGGGACAGGUGGGCUUCAUCACCUCCAUGACAGAGCAUUUCUGCGGCUCCUGCAAUCGGCUAAGACUCACCGCAGACGGAAACAUCAAGGUGUGUCUGUUCGGGAACAAGGAGUUCUCCCUGCGGGACGCCAUGAGAAGCGACGUGUCUGAGGAGGAUCUGGUGGACCUGAUCGGAGCCGCAGUGCGGCGCAAGAAACGACAGCAUGCAGCAUUCUCCCCCAGGCAUGCUGAAUCUCUCGCAGAUGGAGAAUCGCCCGAUGAUACUCAUAGGCGGCUAGCCGACACCAGUCUCCAAUUUCCCAUUGCAAGCGCUGCACUGCUCCACCAUCAUCUUCAUUCUCAUCGUUCACAGCUGCUCCAGGCAGCCCGCCACUGCAGCACCUUCAGCCACGUCAACGCCCAGGGCAAGGCCCAGAUGGUGGAUGUCGGCGAAAAACCAACCAGCACGCGACUGGCCCGAGCAGAAGCCACCGUUAUAGUGGGGGAGCGACUCACUCAGCUCAUUGCAGCCAACGAGUUGGCCAAAGGCGAUGUCCUUAGUGUGGCUCAACUGGCCGGCAUUCUAGGGGCCAAGCGGACAUCCGAGCUGAUCCCCCUGUGCCACAACAUAUCGCUGUCCUCGGUAAAGGUGAAGGCACAGCUCUUUCCCGAAGAACAGUGCGUGCGGCUGGAGGCUUCUGUCCGCUGCUCCGGCCAGACGGGCGUCGAAAUGGAGGCCCUAACAGCCGUCUCCAUUGCGGCCCUCACUGUCUAUGACAUGUGCAAGGCCGUGUCUCACGACAUCUGCAUCACCAAUAUCCGUCUGCUGAGCAAGUCCGGCGGCAAGCGGGACUACCAGCGCCAGGAGCAGUCCUGAGAAGCGUUCCAAUAAAGCCCCACACAAGUGGUUCAUUCUGUUA